GAACCCCUGUCUUUUGCAAGAGCAACAAGUGCUCUUAACCACUGAACCAUUUCCCCAGCCCCAGUGAGAGGCUGGUCUUUAGUGAAGUUGGAAAACUCUCUUAAUUUUGUUUGUUUAUUUAUUGUUUUUCAAGAGUUUCUUUGUGUAACAGCUCUGGCUGUCCUGGAACUCGCUCUGUAAGCCACAGAGAUCUGUCUGCCUCUGGACAUCCUAUAGUGCAUAAAGACGGCUUAGUACAAAGAUGUACUUGGUCCAAAGUGUCAGCAACGUGCUGCGUCAGGGACCCCACCGUGAAAAUGAAGAUAAAAAGAACAGUGGUGUCCAUCCCAGAACUGUGUAUACGUCACUGAAAAUAAAACAGCUGAACUUUAAAACCGUUAGGCGCUUUGAAUUCUCACCUACGGCUGUGGUAAUUCCUUUUCAGAUUUCCUGUUUUCCCUUCCCAGGUCUCAUGGCAGAAUGGAGGAGUUCCUUGGCACCACGCCUUUUUACUCUGGGCCCAUGUAUUUCUUUGAUCAGUUCAAACCGAAAAUAAGAAGAUGGAAAAAGGAAACACAGGAAGAUCAAUUCUUGUACCCAAAGGAGAAGGAUGAUGUUGAAGUUCUAGUCCAGAACCUUGAACAUCUCAGUCACCAAAUCGAAGAAUCAACAGAACCAAAGGAAGCCCAAGAGAACACAGUAGCUUUACCUGAGAAAGAAGACAAGUCCCACACGCUCAUCAUCUCAGAACCUCCAAGUAUUCCCAAGUUUCCUUUGAAUUCUAAAUUCUCCAAAACGUCCUUGUAUAAGACCCUCUUUGAAGAGUACAAACUCAUCGCCUCUGAAAUACUACAUGAACUCGAGAAGACAUUGAAGAGGUACGCGAAGAAUGACAUGGCUUUUCCUGGGGGACUCAUCAAUCUCAUGACUUACAGCUGGCUAGAUCUGAUCGAGGAUUCUCACGAGAACGAAUCCCCAAAGAAAACGUUGGAAGGAGACAGGGACUUGGGAGGGGAUCCCAGCUCCAUGUCCAUCAUCAGCUUCAAGGAAUGCAAAGUCCACCCACACGCCAAGGAGCACCCUCAAGAGGAACAUCAACUUGUUAAAGCGAGAAAAAUUUCUCAGGGAGCACACAACAAACUCUCAGAAAAACCAUCUCUACUCGGUCACCCCCAGGCAUCCCAGACCACCCAGGAGAGCUGUAUAUCCGGGGUCAUUCACUUCUCACUAAAAUCCAAGUUCUGCUUUCAAAAUGGUUGGAUUCCUUGCUCAAAAUGGGAAAUGCUGAAAUUCAAGGCGGACCUCAGUACAGCCGUGAAGACACUGCAGAUCGCCACAGUUCGAAUAAAGAUGGAAGAAGCCAAACAAAAAAGAGACGGAUUCAACAAACAGCCGAUCCUGCGCCACUACAACGACCCAGAAGAAGAGGAGGAGACCGCAGAGUCCACCCAGGAACCCCGGGUUUUCUGGAUGGCAUUGUUGGUGGGGAAGGCUCAGAUGCCAGCGAUGGGAGAGGCGAACCCAGAGAUGAAGAAGUUCCACUAUGCCCUGGUAGAUGGCUCGUCUCUGACCUAAUAUCCUCAUGA